UCUCUGAACAAUGGAAACCUGAUAUUUGACCACCGUGCUGCAGGCUAUGAUUCCAUACCAUCAAACACUAGCAUUUUCACUCUGGCUUUAUUUGAUGGGGUGGAAUCUAUAGCCUACUGCAAUGUGGUCAAACUGUCUCCUUGAUCCAUUUUCUUCACUUCAAAGCACCAUCUCUGUACCCAAGUCUCCAUUUCUAAUAUACCUUCACUUUCACUCUGCUAUCAAACACAGACCCAAAAUGGUUUUUCUUUUAUGUGGGAUUUUGGUGAUUUUGGCUUGUUGUUUGGAAGAGGGUUCAGACUCCAGACCAAUGUGGUUUUGUGUGGCUUGGUUUUGAGUAGUUGGGUUACUUUGGUUCAGUGGUGUCAGGAAGAGAGAGAUAGAUUUGGGUUGUGUUGGUGGGUUUGGGGUUUAAGAGAGGAAUGCAAGUAUGGAGGUUUGAGGCAUAGCUUAAUCCAACAAUGGAGACUAUAACAUGGAGAGAACGAAGACUAAGAACUGGAACAAGAGGAAGGCAAAACUCUAUCCACAAUGAAGAUGGAUCAAGGUGGGUUGAUCUUCUUAAUCAGAGGGUAUGGUCACACGAACUUGCUAGCACACCACCCAGAGGUUGGAACUCCUAUAACGCAAUCAGCUGGACUAUUACAGAGGAAGAGUUCUUGCAAAAUGCUGAAAUCAUCUCCAAGAAGUUACUUCCUCAUGGAUAUGAGUAUGUAGUUGUGGACCAUCUGUGGUAUAGGAGAAAUGUGACUGGCGCUUGUGUAGACUCUCUUGGAGUUGAUGUAAUUGAUGAAUGGGGGAGACCGAUGCCUGACCCAGAUAGGUGGCCUAGCUCCAGAGGUGGGAAAGGGUUUACUGAAGUGGCAGACAGAGUACAUAAAAUGGGUUUGAAGUUUGGAAUUAAUGUUAUGAGAGGAAUAAACAUGCAAGCUGUAAAAGACAAUACCCAUAUCUUGGAUCCUCUCUCGGGUAAUGUUUAUGAUUAUUUCAAUGGAAAAAUUUGGACUGCACAAGAUAUAGGGAUCAAGGAGAGGACUUGUGCUCGGAUGCAAAAUGGUUUCAUGAGUGUGAAUACAACCUUGCAAGCUGGAAGGUUUUUCUUGGCAGACCUCUAUCAACUGUUUGCCAAUUGGGGUGUUGAUUUUGUGAAACAGGACUGCGUGUUUGGUAAUGACUUGGACAUGAAUGAAAUAUAUCAUGCAUCAUGGCUUUUGAGGAUUCAAAGACCUAUAUUGUAUUCUGUAUCUCCUGGAAUUGGAGCAACACCCAUGAUGGCCAAAAGUGUAAGUGGUGUAGUGAACAUGUACAGUAUAAACGGGGAUAACUGGGAUGACUGGGAAGAUGUUGUUGCCCGUUUUGAUGUUGCCAGGGAUUUUGCUGCUGCUAAUAUGAUUGGAGCAAACAGCUCGUGGCCUGACUUAGAUAUGCUUCCCCUGGGAUGGCUUAGUGAUGCAGGUUCAAAUGAAGGUCCACACAGAACAACUAACCUCACAUUAGAGGAGCAAAGAACUAUGAUGACCUUGUGGUGCAUGGCCAAGUCUCCUCUCAUGUUUGGAGGAGAUCUGAGAAAGCUUGAUGAUACAACUUACAGUAUCCUAACAAAUCCUACCUUGCUAGAGGUCAAUUCUUUUAGCUCAAAUAAUAAGGAGUUUCCAUACAUAAAAUCUGAAGGACUUCGCUCUUGGGUUGCAACUGGAAGACAACGAGAAAUAUAUGUUGCUUUAUUUAAUCUGAACUCAAAGAAGACUACUAUAACCGCACAAAAAUCAGACUUGGCCAAGGCACUUCCUGGGACAACAUUGACUACUAGAGCUUCCUGCAAAGGCAAAGAAGUAUGGAGCCGACUAGACUUGGGGAUUAUAGACCACUCCAUAUCCAUUGCUGUAGAAACCCAUGGGACUGCACUAGUUGUCCUACAUUGCAAUUAGGUUAGUGUAGAAAAACCAAAACAGAUAAUUCUUAGUUUCAGCUUGUUUUUGUUUUCGGAUCUUAAGCUUGAAACUGAUAUUUCUGUACCAUAUAUGUUCGGAGAUUGGAUAUACAAUGAAUGAGAAUCAGGAUCUUAUAGUAGGAUGAUUUAUGCUAUACCCUA